AUGGCUCUACUCCACCUCUUGAUUUUGGGAACACUCAUUCAGGGUCAUCUGGCUCUCUCUUUAAAUGAUUGUGGAAAUUACUUCAGGCGUCCAGAGUAUACUGACAUUGCAGUGACUUGUGGGACCCAAUCUAUAAAUUUGGCAAUCCAGGUUUGCCCAGUCAUUUACACAGGAUAUAAUGAGAGUUUGUUGAUUCUGAACCAAAUUGCAAAUGACCCGCUGUGUCGAGGAACUUUGGAUGCGUCUGUAACUCCACCUGUCUUGCGCUUCAGUUUCCCACUCAGACAACUGGACGCCUGUGGCAGCGUCUUCUUAACCACCAGCGCUCCAGGCACCGGCGCAUUCUCUGACUUCUCUAACAUCCAGACGGUUAACAUCAGUGGGGUGAUCCGAUCUUUCGACCCCACAGUCGGAACAGUGACCUACAAUGCCGAGCUGAAAUAUUUUUACUCCUGUGCAUACCCACUCGAAUACCUGAUCAACAAUACACAAGUGGAUGUGUCAUCCUCCUCCAUUGCAGUGAAGGACAAAAACGGAAGCUUCAUUAGCACUUUGAGCAUGCAGCUCUUUAAAGAUGUGAACUACACUACUCCACUCAUAGUCCCAUCUCUGGGUAUUGAGCUCAGGGCUAAAAUUUACGUGCAAGUCAUUGCUGCAAACCUGACAUCACAGUACCAUAUUCUGCUGGACCGAUGCUAUGCCUCUAUCUCAGCCCUACCCUCCAAUUCAACCUUUUUCAAUCUCUUUGUACCGUGCUCAAAGGAUCAGAUGACCACCUUGUUGGAGAACGGGGACAGCCAGAAGGCCCGCUUCAGCUUCCCAGCCUUCCGUUUUGUAGAGCAGCAGAACCAGACCAUCUCCACCUACUACCUCCACUGCAUUACCAGGCUUUGUGAAAUCAACACCUGCACCCAGUUCAAGCAAUGCAAUGGGAGGAGGAGACGAGACACACAGACAACAACAAUUCAAGAUGGUGUCUCAGACACCACUCUCAUCACCUCAGGACCUAUCAAGACUCGAAUGGACACCCCUGUUACCUCUAAGGAAGAAGCCCUGACUGGUGUUCAAAAAGACAGUAAUAGGUCUCCUGUUGGACUGACCAUUGCUCUCGCUGUCCUUGUCAUUGUGGGCUCUAUUGCUGCACUCUUGGCUGUGUUAUUUUACCGCAAACUCAGGAUGCUGCGUUAG